AUGACGGACGACGCUGAGAAACGGGCGCCAUUGCUCAUGCAACGUCCGCCAAGUUUUGGAGUUGACCUAGCCGAAUUCUCAUUCAUGAAACCAGCUUCACGUAACCAAGGAUUCUCGUUACGUGGCAUGCCAAAACCAGGACGCAUCAACCCUCCUCCGCUUGGAGUCACCAAUCUCGCAAUCCCGAAGACGAUGGGAUUUGAAAUUUUGAAACCCUUGGCUGAAGACCGCCACAGUCCAUCCAACUCUCGUCCCGAAGCAGUUUCAUCCGAAUUGCAGGCCAGCAGCACCGAUAAUCAACUACCCCCGCAUCUACGAAAGCAGCCACGAUCUGGCCCCAGAUCUGCUCAUAAAGAUCUCACGGAUAUGGCAGAGAAUACUGCCGAUUCUAGACGAGACAAAAUUCACGACCCCUUGACUCGGAAAGUCAACCCCGCUCGGGCUACGAUCCGUUCGAGUGAUGGAUCCAGGGUUAUCAAAAGUCGGCGUGAGAGUAAAGCUCCUCAGAUGAACGAAGAAAGGCUUUUUGAGCUCCUCAUUGCAAAGAUGAGAAUCCGCGAAGAGAAGGAAGCGGCCACUGCGGACAUGCAACAACAGCUGGAGACAGACAAUGCACAGCUGAAAAGGGAGAAUCAGAGCCUUCGGGGCCAGGGAAAGAUAUACGAGGAGAGGCUUCUGAGUAUGGAAGCCGAAAUCAAAUCCCAAGAGUGUCGGAUGACCAGCUGGAAGAAAAAGAUCGCCAGGUUCAAAGAAAUUAUCAAUGAACUCGGCCACGACUUCGAAGCGCUGCGACUCGACUCGGAUAGAUUGAAGGCGACUACGUUGUCUCUCCAAGAUGAACGGCACGCUUUGACCAGCUCUAUUGAUGUGAUCAAACUUGAAAUUGUGCGAGCAGAAGGCACAAUAGAUGAUCAACGGAUGGGAAUUGUCCAAUAUGAGAAGCAGGUGGCGGGGCUGGAACAAGCCCUCCUUGCCUCGAGAGAUCAGCUCGAGGAAUCUAUUUCCAGCCUGGCCAAUGAGAAGAAGCGAACCAAUACCCUGGAGUCAUAUAUCCAAAACUACUCUCGUAGUCAGAUCAGACAGGUCAAUCUUCUCAGAGAAGAUCACGCGAAGUUGCUGGAGAAGCUAAUGUCAAGACUGGAGGACAUUUCCGAAUCUUCAACCAACACUCGAGAUGUGGUUUUGUCCGAAAUCAGGACUACUUUCGAGGAAUGCCGGGAUUCGGUUCGAGAACUGGGAGAACGAUGCUCUGCUGAAACAAGAGACGUUCAAGACUCUACAAACACCAUCCACGAUGUUGCUGCCCGAAUCGAUGUAGUGGCAGCACGUUUGAUGGCAGAUGCUGAAUCAACCGCCAGAAUGAACCUCCAAGCUUUGCAAAGCAUUGAGGCGAACACAAAGAUGAUUGAAAGCAGUUGUGGCCGGGAUUCGACCCUUUCUAAACAACUUGAUCGCUGCACCACUGCUCACGGAUCUCUAGACAAUACACUGGAAAGCUUUUCACCUGUUGUGAAUGAUCUUGAUGCCUCGGUGAAAUCUUUGACAGCAAGCGGAAAUAAUCUCGUGCAUGAGUUAAAGGACCUGAGUCACAGAUUGUGCGAGCCUCAACCCCCACCUAACAAUCCGAUACUUGAGCUGGAAGUGUCGAAAACAUUCUCCGAGAAUACCCAGCUCCAACUUCGUCUUCAAACCAUCUCUUUUGAGGCUGAAAGUCUUCGCCAGAGUUUGCACGAGCGAGAAACUGAGAAUCAGAAACUGCAAAAAUCGAUGGCAGAGUCGGAUAGAAAGUACCAAUCUUUGGAACUUCGCGGGAUACAACUGGAAGCGGAGAAUACUUGCUUGCACGACCAAAUGAGAUCUGUCAAGGAAGAUGCUCGGAACAUGAUAGAAGAAGGAAAGGUGACCUCUAGAAAUGAGAUGCAGCUUCAUCACGACCUACAAACUGGUAUCAUUGAGAAGGAGAAGGAAAAGCUCAAGGGCGAGGUUGGGAUGGUCCUCGGUCAACUGCAGGGAGUUCAGGACUCUUUGAUCAACGCACAGAAUAUGAUCGAUGAGCAAAAGGAGGAACGUGUGGCACUGCUCCGCGAAUCCGAGCAACAAGUUAAGCAUCUGACUGAAACAAACUCCGAGAUCACGACACGAAUGAACAUUCAAACAACAGAGAUACAACGGUUUCAAGAGUCUGACGCAGCGUCUUGCUUGGAACGGAAUGACCUACAAGAGCGGCUCAGACAGGCGCAUGAACGGGUUCAUGAACUGGAACAAAACAUGGCUUCGAAUACAGCAAAUGAACCCCUGAAGCAAGUUCCAAGGAGUGGCAUUGUAACCUUCUCAGAGAUCCAGGAACAGCUUUCGGCACAACGUGCUCCUUCGCCCUACUAUGAUCCAGGCGACUUUGCGAUGCUGUUCAUGUCGGAUGAUGUGUGUCCCUCGUCGCCAUUCAGUGUAGACAACGCGAAGAAACCCGCUAUCAACCCCCAGAAGGAGCCAGAAAACAUUCAGACCGAAACGGCCCCAGUUCAUGAGAUGGUGAGUGUACCUACCUCGUCCCCAAAGGUUCACCGAUCUCCAGAACAACCCAACCGAAAGGCAGUGAACUUCAAGCCACAAGCCUCGAGUAAAUUGGCCGCGAGAACUUCUAGUGCUAGCCCCACCUUGACGCAGGCGCAGCAGGAUAUAUCAGAGCGUCCGAGCAAGAUGACAAAACAUGUUCACAAAUGGACAUAUAGCCGUGUUCGGAGCUCAGGCACCGAAAUCCAGCCUGAGCAGCCCGCUGGGUCCUCGCAUAUGCCCACGGCGGAGCGGCGAACGAGUCCGAAGGGGCUAGUUUCAGCCAGCAGUGGCAACAAUGCGUCCAAACGUACUGCCAGUCGUGGUCGAGGCAAGCGUCGAUCAAGAGCAGGAGAGCGCUACAGCGCCCGUUUCAGCCAAGAAUGA